AUUCGCGAUCCGACUAUAUCAUAGUAUACACGCACUAAAAUGGCGGCUAUAUGUGUGUGUCUAUUGGCUCUGCUAUGUCUAGGUUUUCCAGCCAAAGGUUACACUCCUCAUUUCCAUGAUUAUCGGAAGAUGGGAACGGUCGACAACAGCGCUGUUGACGAGGCCUCGGGUCUAGCUGCCAGUCGCGCCCAUAGGAAUGUCCUCUACACACACAACGAUUCAGGUGGCCACAAUCUCAUCUACGCCAUCGACGCCACUUCCGGUCACGUGAUUUCUACAAUCACAAUAAGUGGAGCUAAAAGUCACGACUGGGAGGACAUUGCUUGUGGACCAUGCCCAGACAAAAAUGGUCACUGUAUCUACAUAGCCGACACCGGUGGAAACUAUCACGGAGAGGCCAACGUCCUUUAUAAGGUCGAGGAACCAGAUCAUCUGCACCACACUCAGACCAUUUCCGUGGGGCACUCUGACAUGCUGCACUUUAGUUGGAGCGAGAGCAAUUGCGAAACAAUAAUGGUCGGUAAGGAUGCUGAAAUCUAUCUCAUUUCCAAAGUCGGCAAUGGACGCGGCAAGUUUUUCCACAUUCCCAAAUCCAAUUGGGGCCGUAGUUCAACUGUGCACGUUUCCAGCUCAGCAACCCUUGACACAUACUCUAGCCACAACGGUCCUGUUGGUGGAGACAUCUCCCCUAACGGUCACGAGGUCAUUAUAAAGAUGAUUGAUCACGUGCUAUUCUGGUACAUUCCACACGAAAAUUACGCUGAGGGACUAAAACGGAAUCCGCAGACUCUUCCUUACCACAGGGAACGACAAGGCGAAUCAGUGUGUUGGGACUCGCAUGGUAACGGCUACUAUACUCUCAGCGAAGGUUCCCAACCGCCAUUAUAUUACUAUGAACGUCUCGACUAAGACAUUCGAACUACCUCAUAUACAAAAUGUAUAUAAUGUAUAUACUGAUUUAUGAUUCAUUUAUAAAAACUGUCCAUAAAACA